CCACUGGUCUGGGGCGUGGCUUUCCACCAAUCUAGUCUGGUCCAACAUGGCUCCGAGGUUGUGCAUCAUCUCUGCAGCAACACGGCGGCUGCUUCGGAAGCCGGGACCCCGUGCCGGGGACCUCGCGGCUGCGGGUGCUAUGCGUCUCCAGCCACUGUGCGGGGUGAGUGAGUCUUCUCAGUUAACCCUGUCUGGAAACGCCCUCACGGGCAUGCCCAGAGUUGUCUCCUGGAUUAUCCCAAACCCAGUCAAGUGGACAAAGGAGACUAGCUUCUAUUCCAAGGACAGUGAAGGCAGCUGGUUCCGCUCCCUCUUUGUUCACAAGGUGGACCCCCGGAAGGACGCCCACUCCACUCUGCUGUCUAAGAAGGAGACUAGUAACCUCUACAAGAUCCAGUUUCACAACGUGAAGCCCGAAUGUCUGGAUGAGUACAACAGUCUGACGGAGGCUGUGCUGCCCAAACUGCAUCUGGAUGAGGACUACCCCUGCUCGCUGGUGGGCAACUGGAACACGUGGUACGGGGAGCAGGACCAGGCAGUGCACCUAUGGCGGUUCUCAGGUGGCUAUCCGGCCCUCAUGGACUGCAUGAACAAGCUAAAAAACAACAAGGAGUACCUGGAGUUCCGGAAGGAGCGGAGCAAGAUGCUGCUGUCCAGGAGGAACCAGUUGCUUCUAGAGUUCAGCUUCUGGAAUGAGCCACAGCCCAGAGCUGGCCCCCACAUCUAUGAGCUGAGGACAUACAAGCUCAAGCCAGGAACCAUGAUUGAAUGGGGAAACAAUUGGGCCCGGGCCAUCAAGUACCGUCAGGAGAACCAGGAAGCAGUGGGAGGCUUCUUUUCACAGAUAGGAGAGCUCUAUGUGGUCCACCACCUAUGGGCCUACAAAGAUCUGCAGUCUCGGGAGGAGACCCGGAACGCGGCCUGGCGGAAGAGGGGCUGGGAUGAGAACGUCUACUAUACAGUUCCCUUAGUUCGACACAUGGAGUCACGAAUCAUGAUCCCUCUGAAGAUUUCUCCUCUCCAGUGAUACUGGCACU